CCUUCACACACCUCCUCACUCACUCACUCAUACACAGAGAGGAGAGGGAGAGCAGCCUGCCUUCCAAACACAGUCAUGAGUAGCAUUGGAUAUGACCCCUACUACUCCUCCUCGUCAUACAGACGCUGGUAUGUCGAGGCUCCCCAACGUGUAGUGAUGACUAGAGGGAGGACCCACUCCGUCUACUCCUCACAUGCUUCCCCAAUGUCCUCUUCCCGUCUGCAGUACUCCUCUCCCAGCCGGGUGCUGCUCUCCUCCUCCUCGCCGGCCUCUUCCCUUGAGCUGGAGCUCAGCCAGGCAGCCCAGAUCAGCUCGGAAUUCCGCACCAUUCGCACGCAGGAGCGCAGCCAGCUUCAGGAGCUCAAUGACCGCUUUGCUGGUUUCAUCGAGAGGGUGCGUGAGCUGGAGCAGCAGAACCGAGCCCUGGAGGCAGAGUUGAUGCUGCUGAGGCAAAGGCACACUGAGCCAUCCCGUCUGAGAGCACUGUACGAGCAGGAGGCCCGGGCUCUGAGGGCAGCUGUAGAAGAGGCCAGGGCAGAGCAGCAGGCUGCCCUAGGACAGAGAGAGCGGCUGGAGCAGACCCUGACAGCCCUGCAGGCUCGGUAUGAGGAGGAGGUGCUGGCUCGGGAGGAGGCCGAGGGCAGGCUGAUGGAUAUGCGACGUGAGGCCGACCAGGCUGCUUUAGCCAAGGCUGAGCUGGAGAAGAGCAUCGAAACUCUGCUGGAGGAGCUGGCUUUCCUUAAGAGGAUCCAUGAGGGAGAGGUGGCUGAGCUUCAGGCCCAGGUCCAACUGGGUGUCCAAGUGGCAGUGGAAUCUGAAGCUGCAACCCCUGACCUCUCCGGGGCUCUCAGGGACAUCCGGUCUCAGUAUGAAAGGCUGGCUGCAAGGAACAUGCAGGCAGCAGAGGAAUGGUUCAAAGGAAAGGUGGGAUCCAUGACUGAAACCGUAGCCCAGCACAGUGAUGCAGUGAGAAGCUCCAAGGACGAAGCAGGAGAGUACCGACGCCAGCUCCAGACCCGGCUGCUGGAAAUCGAUGCCUGCAGAGGCCUCAAUGAAUCCCUGGAAAAACAGCUGCAUGAGAUGGAGGAGAAACAGAGUGCUGAGAUUGCUGCUAUGCAGGACACCAUUGGAGAGUUGGAAGGGGAGCUGAGAGGCACUAAACAGGAGAUGGCACGCUACCUGAAAGAGUACCAGGAUCUCCUGAAUGUCAAGAUGGCUUUGGAUAUUGAGAUUGCUGCAUACAGGAAGCUCCUGGAGGGCGAGGAGUCUCGCUUCAAUGUGGGUCUGGCUGGGGGCGUGUCCUCUCUGUACAGCCACAGUUUUUCAGCACCUGCCUUUGCCCGACCCGUCCUCUCCAGCCUGAGCUCUGGCACCUCCUACUUGAUGACAUCACGCCUGCUCAGCUCCAGCGUCAGCACUACAGAGGGUAUCAUCUCUGCUAGCCAAGCCCAGCAGGCUGAAGCCGGCCCACCUGCAGAGGAGGAGGAGCAGGAAGAAAAGGAGGAGGAGAAGGAGGAGGAGGAGAAGGAGGAGGAGAAGGAGGAGGAGGCAGAGGAAGAGGGAGGGGAGGAGGAGGUAAAGGAGGAAGGAGAGGAGGAGGAGGACAAGGAAGCGGAGGGAGGAGAGGAGACAGAGGAGGCAAAGGAGGAAGAAGAAAAGGAGGAAGGAGAGGGAGGAGAGGAGGAGGGUGAGAAAGGAGAGGAAGAAGAGGACGAGGCUAAAGAAGGAGCUGAGGAGGCAAAAGAAGGAGAGGAGGGUGGUGAUGAAGAGGAGCAAAAGGAGGAGGUGACAGAGGCAGCUGAAGAUGAAGGAGAGAAAGACGACAAAGGAGAAGAGGAGAAGGAAGAAAAAGAAGAAGCACAAGAAGAGGCAGCAGCAGAAGACACUGAUGAUAAAGCUGAGGAGGCCAAAGAAGACGUAAAAGAUGAGAAGGAAGAAGCAACAAAGAGUGAAGAGAAAGAAGACAAAACUGAUGCCAAAAAAGAAGACAAAGAAGACGCCAAACCCGACAAAGAGAAGGAGAAAGCUGCCCCAAAGCCAGAUGACAAAGCUGACACCAAAAAGGAGAAAGUGGAGGAAAAAGCAGCUAAACCUGAGGCUGCUGAAGAGAAGAGCACAAAGGAGAAAAAGUAAGCCAGCUGCACCAGCAAAUGUCAGUCGAGUCUGUCCAUUAGCUCAAUAACCAGUAGCGGCAUCUACGCUAUCCUGUCAGUACUGCUUGUUAACAUGGUGCUCAGUAAAACAGUCCAAAAGCCAUUUACAGCAACAAAUCGAGGUUAACUGCUUGCAAAUAUUCAAAGUAGUCCGUAAAGGUCCGGUUACACAACUCAUGAUGAUUCAAUUAUGCAUCAAUGCUGAAUGUAAAAGUGGGUGUGAGAGUUUUGGGUGGUUAAAUAAACACCUCUUA